CACUGAUUACCGAGUCGUACCCUCCUGCUGCACAGUACGAACUCCGUCGCGUUUGCUGCUCUUAUCAGAAGAUGUUUCAAUCUAUCGCGCGCAGUAGUACCUGAUCCGCGGCUUCCGGUGAUAAUGGCGGCAUGAGGGGUAGUACGGCUGGAUUGCCCCAACUGCCGGGCACCACCAAGCCUAAGUGGUACCGACUGUUAGGGGUGCUGGAUGCGCUCUUCGCAUCCGUCGCUGUCUGUCCGUGUGUUGUCGGGUACUGGAGGAGCGUUUGGUCACUGAUGGACGUUUACGUGUAUCCGCAGAAUCCAGUGAUUAGUGCUGUCAUUUCGACUUGCAUAGGUAUAGGCGGACACUUGUUUUUCUCCCUGAGUCAGAACUGGUUCCAGCGUCUCCUCCACCCGAGCAGUAACCGCCUCCUCUUCUAUGUGGGUUCCCGCCUCUACACGGAAUGCUUCGCCAUAGUUUGCGUGAACGGUUGGCGCGGCCCCUGGCUACUCCUCGACAUCCACUCCAGGAAGCAGUGCUUCACCGUUCUGGCCACCACGAUGGUUGGCGUUGUUGCGCUUGUGUCAAUCAGGGGAUUGAGAAACGUUACCGCACCUCCUUUCAUCAUAGUCAGGGAUAAUGUCAAGGGGUACUUCGAGGUCAUCACCAUGUUCAGACUUUCGAUACAAAAGUCAAUAGGACUGUAUAUACUAGACUGUCUUUUCUCAGUAGUAGUAGUAGGAGUACUCGUUGUCUUCGUAUGGAGAGGAUCAUGGAUCCUGGUAGAUAUUUUUUUAUACCCAGAAGAUCUUACAAGAUCUGCAUGGGGAAGCCUGGUAAUUGGCUAUGUAGCAGUAGUUUCGGCUUUCCUUCUCCAACCAGCAGCAAAAUUUUUGUGCGACAAGGCUAGUGGCACAUCCAGAUUGCUGAUAUCCGAUAUAGUGAAUCUAUACGCACUUUUUGGUACAGUGAACGUUUGGAGAGGCAUAUGGAACCUUCUAGAAAUCUACUUUAUCCCAGACGACGUGGUUCUCAGCUGUUGGAUCACACACGUCGUUUCUUUCAGUCUCCUGAUCUUAAUGAGUUGCUCAAAUUCCCUUUUAGUUCGGGGAGUUUACAUCGACGCCGAAGAACCAGCAGGGAAAUGCAUGGACUUUCCCUGCUAUUACUUCAGGGUUAUGUUCCAAGAAAGACAGCUGAGAAAACUUAGGAAAAUACACACGAAUAAGCAGGGGACUUAUACUUCCUAUGAUGAAAAGCCUAACAUAGACAAGUCGAUUACUAUCUCUGUUAUUCAUAAUAUAAUCGUAGAGAACAAAUCUAAUACUGCAAGCUGAUGAUAUGUAUUUGUUAAAAUAUUCCGAUUUUCCAAAAGUUUUCUUAAAAUCCGUUCGUCGUUUUCGAAAUGGUUAGUUUAUUUUGAAACUUGGUCACUCUUAUCACAAGAUCUAUUUUACUUGUCUUUUUAGUGUUUUACCACUUAUGAGGUGGGUAAAGCUGGCGCUCAAACUUGUGUAACAAAUUAAUUACCAUUUAAAAUUAGUAAAUAGAUUAAUGGUCACAGAUUGUGAUAACUUUGUUCCUUGAGCAAUGACGUAGAAUAGUAUUAAGUUUCAUACGUAAAACGAUAUAUUUACGAUUUAACAGCUUAUUACAUACUAAGGAGGAAGCAUGAGACAUUGCUGGGCGAGCACUUACGAGUGUCAUUUUACAAUCAAGAACAAUUUUGUAAUGUAGUCAGAGAAACUUCAUUUAUGAAAAUAAAUUAUAUCACAAACUAAAAUAUGAUCG